GUGACAUGUGAAGCCGCCGCUACCUUAUAUGGCGAGCACAGUAUUUCAGUACAGUAGAACCUUGCCAAGCAUUCCGGGUCGCGGGAGGAGAGAGUGUGUGAGAGGGUGGCUCUGUCUGUGGGAGUGUGUGUGUGUGUGUGUGUGUGUGUAUGUGAGUGAGUGCUUGCAUGCGUCUGACAGAGGGGGAGUAACUGAGAGAGAGGAGGAAAGUUGAAAAGAGAAGGAAAGAGGGGGAAGAACGAAACGAGAGAGAGAGAGAGAGAGAGAGCAAGAAGGAAACCCAGUAAAUGGAGGGUUUUUACUUGUCAAGGUUUGAACUGGAGUAAAAAGGAAGUGCCUUCCCUGACGUCUGCUGCAGCUUUGACCUGCUUCUACAGCUGAAGCUCCACCCUUCCCCCUGCCUCGCUCGCUUGCUGCCACGGUAACGCGAGCACAAGGACAGCGACCACACCCUCCUCGCCGCCUACGCCCAGACCUGCUCGCCCGCUCAUCUCCACCACCACCAUCUCCACUCCUCUCUGCCCUCGCUGCAGCCAGGCUCCAGCCUCAGCCCUCUUCACCAGACAGCCCCUGCUGCCAACUGCCCUCCUCCAGCUGACCAGCCUUACCACAGCAGCCCAACACACAUCCAGGCCAACACAGCAUCUCACCCACCUUGCCUUUAACCCUCUAAGCCUCCACUCGGUCCUCAGUGUCCUUAACCCUCCUCUAGCAGACCACACCCAGACUAUCGCCUCUGUGUUGCCUGCUCCACCGCACCUGGACAGAGGUGUGUUUGCUGCCUUGGAUUGUGAAUGCUGUAGAUGAGAAGUUGAUAAACAGUGAGAGAGAGACCAGUGGCAACUUAAUUGUCAGGUGAAAUUGUCUGCUGGAUUUAUUCCCUUCCCUCAGUGGUGGAUUGAACAGGAGAAUGAUCCACUGACAUCCAUAGAGAAACAUUGUCCUGCAACAUUUCACCUUGGACAAACUCAUUUUUUGGAGUAGGCCUAGGCCUGCCCUCAAUCAAUAGGAACCGUCUCUUUUUUUUUUUCUUCUUUUUUUUAUAUGUUUCAUUUCAACUUCCUAUAACGUAAAACAUCAUAUCACAGACAGUAACCACACCAAAAAAAAAAUACGCAAACAGAACUUUAAGUUGUGGAUUUAAACACUAGGGGUACUUCAAAGUUAAGCCCGUCUCAGCUUGGAAUACUUUUUGCCAACUUGCUGCCAUGGCGAUGAACAUUGCACACAUGCGUGACACGAAGUGGCUGACACUGGAGGUGUGCAGGGAGUUCCAGAGAGGCACGUGUUCGCGCACCGACCAGGAGUGUAAGUUCGCCCACCCGGCCAAGAGCUGCCAGGUGGAGAACGGACGGGUCAUCGCUUGCUUCGACUCACUUAAGGGCCGUUGUUCCAGGGAGAAUUGUAAGUACCUGCAUCCUCCACCCCAUCUAAAGACCCAGCUGGAGAUCAAUGGCAGGAAUAACCUGAUCCAGCAGAAGAACAUGGUCAUGUUGGCCCAGCAGAUGCAGCUUGCCAAUGCCAUGAUGCCUGGCACACAGCCACCACCUAUGGUGAGGGGACACACAUGUAUGAACACACCACAGCUACUACCCAUGCCCAUGUUCUCAGUGACCCAAGGCCUGGCCACCAAUGCCUCUGCAGCAGCAGCAGCCGCAGCCUUUAAUCCCUACCUGGGCCCCGUGUCACCAGGCCUGAUGCCCCCAGAGAUCUUGCCCAGCACCCCCGUCCUCAUGGCCUCCAGCCCCACCGUCAGCCAAGUUCCCAACGCUGCCGCCGCCGCCCAGAAACUGCUGAGGACAGACAGACUGGAGGUGUGCCGGGAGUACCAGAGAGGCAACUGCUCCCGGGGAGAGAACGACUGCCGCUUCGCCCAUCCUGCAGACAGCACCAUGAUAGACACCAAUGACAACACAGUGACUGUGUGCAUGGACUACAUCAAGGGGCGCUGCUCCCGGGAAAAGUGCAAGUACUUCCACCCUCCAGCGCAUCUGCAGGCCAAAAUUAAGGCCGCCCAGCACCAGGUGAACCAGGCCACAGCCGCCGCGGCCAUGACUCAGUCGGCUGUCAAAUCACUGAAGCGACCCCUCGACGCAACCUUUGACCUGGGCAUCCCCCAUAGUGUCAUGGCUCCCCUGCCAAAGCGGGCAGCCCUGGAGAAGGCCAACGGGGCCUCUGCCGUGUUUAACACCGGCAUGCUCCAGUACCAACAGGCCCUGGCCAACAUGCAGUUUCAGCAGCAGGCUUUUCUGCCGUCAGGCUCAAUAUUGUGCAUGACACCUGCAGCCAGUGUUGUUCCCAUGAUGCACGGUGGUACCCCAGCCACUGUGUCUGCAGCCACCACAUCUGCCACAAGCGUUCCCUUCGCAACUGCCUCCACCAAUCAGGACUCUUCCUUAUCAAAGUUGACUACCAACGAAUACAUGCAUUUGAUUCCAAUAAUAUCUGCAGAUCAUCUGAGUAAUCACAAGUACUUGACUCAAAUGUAGUUCCUCUCAAGAACAAUCAAAUGAAUGUGUGCUGGCACCGUCCAAGCCUAAAGAGUUCAGCCUUUAUGUACAUAACGUUCAGAAUGUCAAGCAAUGGGACAAGGAGAGUCUGUCGUCUCUUUGUCGGUCCACAAUGAUGGUCUUAUCACGCAUGUAAACAUCUAGGGUGCAACACAUGGUCUGUGCCAUUCACCCACAUAUCAUUGUCAAGAAGAGCCAACCUCACCAACCUCCUUGUUGUCAAAGCCAACGUCCAGCCGAGAGAAGGACAUCUCGAUGCCAGGGUCUGUGCAUCUCUCCCAGUGGGGACAUUCACAUUACACCUCUGUGUCUGACUAAAUCAUAGCACUCAAAUUGUUCUAAUUAUUAUCAUUACUGCACGCACAGAAGGUCAAGACCGUGGUUGCAUCUAGCAGCAUACAGUGCUGGUACGUUAGAAGACCAAGAAAGAUUUUCUUUCCUUUUUUUUUUAUUUGUUCUGCUUUUUUCUUUUUUUUUCUUUUUUUUUUAAUUGAUAGCCAUAUUUCAUGGUUUACAAGUGAAAUGCAAACAUGCACCUUGAAUUUGAAUUAAAAUCUGAUAGGCACAAUAAUUUUAGCAGGAAUUUUAUUCGCCAAAAUGAUAAAGCAUGUACAGUAUUGUGUUUUUACGGCUACUAGUGAAACUAGAUGUUGAAAUGAGGGUCUUGGACGUAUGAAUGUUCUGGGUAAACCAACAUACCUGUGUACCUUGAAAGCACAGCCAGGCUAGCUUUUCUUACCUUGUCAUGUGCCAUCAAGGCCAUACAGCUAAAACCAGAGUGUUAUCUCAGCAGUGUUAUUCUGUUUACCGAAGGUAAAUGUUUUGUAUGGCUCUUUUAUAUAUUAUUUUCUUUGCAGAAUCUCAAUUGUGAGUGUUUUUUUUUUAAUGUCUCAUGUUUCCCUUAGUAAUCUUUUAGCGAUGGGGUUUUCUCCAAAAUUUUAGAUAUUUCUUUUUUCUUCUGUUAAAAUAGAAAAUGGAGGAGUAUUUUGUUCUUAAAGGGUUUUGUUUUGUUUCUUUCUUUUGCGUAGACUACAGUAUGUGCCGUAUUUAUCUGUUGAGAUAAAGUUGUUGCUCAAGUCCAUUGACUCUAAAGCCUGAUGAAAAGGAGGGUGUAGCUUCAGAUGAGAUCACGUUACCUUGCUCCCCCUUUUAAUAGGAAGAGGGACUCUAAAACUGUCUGUAAGAAGCACUGUUGAACUAUGUGUUGAUUUAAAAAACAAAAAAAAAUCAACAACAACAACAACAGCAGACCCAAAGGUCUAUUAGGUCAUUUAAACCACAUGUGCACUUGAAUGAUUGUUUUGUCUGGUCACCUUGCUCUAAUUUCACAACCCAUCCCAUGUGAACUUUCACUUUUGAGGAAAUACGAGGCACGAUCAUUUUGACUUGCAUUUCCCGGCAAAACGUGAAGGUUCUCGUUCACAUGUAGGUCUGACUAUGGAUACCAAAGCACAGUUUUUCUCUCAGUCAUACUCACGAAGGGUUACUGAAGCAUGUCCUAAGACGUCUGAAAUAAUUAGGAAAACAUGUUUAUCUCUCAUUCAGCUGUCAGUUAUGUGAUCAUUUCCCUUUUCCAUUUUUGCAGAGGUGUGUAGUGUGUCUUUACCGAUUGUAAUGUACCUAACAAAGCCUUAGAUUACAAUUAUGGGUCCCAGCCCAAUCAAAUGUACCUUCAAUCACCAUGCAGGUAAAGAACACCAAUGAUGUUUUAUAGUUCUCUCACAUGCCGCUUAUGAUCUUUUUCUUUCCCUUUCUCUCUCUAUGUAAAAGUAACAAUUACUCUCUUAAAUUUCAUUGAACUUAUGUGUUAUGAACUACUUAAGGAUUUGAAUCUAUUUGAGGUAUGUAGUUGUAGAUUUUUUUGCCUUACUAUAUAUUACUUGACAACAUUUAUAUAGCCGUUGUAGAUUUUGAGAUAGUAUGACAUUCAUAACGUUUUUCAAACCAUAUAAAUGAUAAUGUGUUGAGUCAGUUUUAAAUAUUCACUUCAUUCAUAUAGCUGGAUGUCUCUUUUUAGUUGAUGUUACAUUAUCAAUUAAUUCUGUUGAUGAAAGAGUUUUUUGAUACAAGGAAUGAGAUCGAAUUUAUUUGCUGCAACUGCAGCAACUCUGAGUAGACAAAAAGACUAAUGUUUUAACCAACUUAAAUUUUCCUUGUAACAUGUCAAGAUCAUGUUUGAAAAUAUAUUGUAUUGAAAUAUAGAUUGUCCAUGUUUUAGAGUAAAAAUUAUUUUCUACUGUAUCCAUUUCAAAAAAGAUAUGUACGUUUGUUUUAAUAUUUCUUAAGUUUGCCCUGAAUGUCAGGCCAAAAUGAACAGUGAGAUUGACGGGUCUUUGGAUGUUUGGUGGAUAGUGAGAUUAGGCGUGAGAUAGCAAAGGCUUUUCCAGAUUGGUGAAGUCAGUAAUGCUGCAGACGAUGAGUUCUAACCUAAGGGACGAAGGUUGACUUUUUGCACUUCUGUAUAUAGUCAAAUGAACAGAGAAAAAACAUGUAUCAUAUUGAGAUAUUAUUUUGAAUAAAAAAAGAUCUAUAAUUAUAAGGAAUUUUGUUAGAUUAAUUUAAAUUCUUAAAUUAGAAGACCAGCUAAAAAAAUUGCUUGCAAAGAAGGGCACUAGUUUCUUGGCCAAUGCAUUCAGAGAAAGCUAUGCGCUUUUUGGCUUAUUUUAUCAGUGGCUAGUAUUGCCAGGGAAUGUUGUAGGGGAGUAGAUAUCCCCGUGUCAUGCUUACUCCCACCCCUCUUGUAGUAUGACAUAUCAAAUGAUGUCCAUAUAUCAGUUGUUGGACUUGGUCCUGCAGUAUUGCUGCUCCCAUGGUACAGUUGAUACAUGAAACUCUAUCAAAAAUUUUAUUCUACUAUAGUUUGAUUUGACUGCAUGUAAAAGAACAAACAAAAGAGACUGCAUAGAUAUGUAAGGAAAGAUAACGCAUUCAGAUUACAAAGUAUACAGUAUAUUUUU